UACAUAGUUUAUCUUGUUUCCGUUGUUCGAUGCAUUUCUGAUAUUUCUUUCUCGAGUGCAGGUAGAUAUCAUAAACAUAUUUGUGAAUGAUUUAAGAAAAGAAAAAAAAACCCGAUUGAAAUAGAAGAAAAGAAGAAAAAGGAGAAAGGAAGAAAAGAGAAGAAGCUUGGCAUAUAUAUAUAUAUAUAUACUACUGACCAACUAGUAGUAUAUAAAUACAAUCUAAUAUUGGGAUCUAUUAUGUUAACUAAUCAAAAAUCUUCUCAAUUAUUUUCUAUUGAGAAUAUAUUAAAACAAUCGGAUAAUUUCAAUCAUUCAAAUAUCAAUCAAAAUGAUGAAACAGAAUUGUUCACUAUUCAAUAUCCUUCAGACUAUAAGUUGAAUGUUCGUCGAGUAGUAGAUGAGAACAAUUCCUUGAAUGAAUCUUCAAUAUAUCCAAAGUAUAAUCUAAAACAAUUAGAUCCAAUUGAAUACCAAACAAUUAAGUAUCCUGAUUAUUAUAUAAAUCAAAACGAUCAUCAUCAUCAUCAUUAUGAACCACAACAGCAACAGCAACAGCUACAGCAACAACAACACCAACAACAAGCGUAUCGACGAAAACGUACUGCAUUUACUCAAUCUCAAUUAUUCUAUUUAGAACAAAGUUUUUUAUGUCAAAGAUAUUUAAAUGUUUUAGAACGUGCUGAAUUAGCUAUACAUUUAGGUUUAUCAGAAGGACAAAUAAAGACAUGGUAUCAAAAUAGACGAACUAAAUGGAAGCGUCAGAUGACUACAAUACUUCGUCAUAAAGAUUCAAAUAAAAAUCAAUUACUUGAACCAUUUAAUUUCAAAAUUACUUCAUUAUGUAAUCAACAAACGGAAAGUUUUCAAUAUCAAAUUAUUUCUAAUAGAAGAACGAAUGAGAAUUAUUCAUUACAGAAAGAUUAUAAAAUGAUCAGUGAAUUAUUACAACAUAUUAGAACUAGUUGA